AGAGGAAGGCUGUGGUUUCAUGAAUGGGAAAUGGAGCAUCGAGUAUCCAUAAAAAAAUGGUGAAAUGGUCAAAGUAUGAUUGCUUUUAAUUAAUUACAAAUAUUCACUUUUGACUUAAAAAUGAAGUAAGUCUUGGGGAAUAAAUGUUAAACCGGCUUGCCACAUACUGCGGCUGUUGAGAAAAGCCUUCUAGAUGUAGUCCAUUCGCAAAGCGCUCACAGGAUGCCCCCAACUGCGCGUGGACUUCUGCUGCACCUUCACCGUUCGCCUCACACACAAAGGGUCUCUGACGCGUGGAAAAUGGUGCAAUUGGCAAAAGGCGGAGUGAUCUGGAACUCUUAAGUGCCAUGAAGAGACAGAGGCAGAUUCAUCCUUGUCUAGCAGCACAUCCCUUUACACGCCUGAAGAUGAAGAUGAGCUCAUGCUUGCGCCCCUUUACCUCCCUGUCUCGUUUAAAAACAAUGUCUUCAAGGAAAUUCGCUGCAUGAUUCAACAGUUACGCCGUAUCUCCUGAAUUGCUUUAUUGCCUUUCUUCAUCAAACGAGAUCAAUUCAUGAAUUAAACUCCAAUCCAAAAUGAAAUUUCCAACGGAAAACCCAAGGAAACCAGGGAACUGGAACCCCCCACCAGUGCCAGUGCAGACCAACCUGGUACCGCCAAAGAAGGUCCAACCAGGGAUGUUGCAGUCCAGUUUGGUGCAGGCCAGUGUGGCCACCAUGCAGAACCCAAUGGGCUGCACAUUACCUCGCCUUUCUGUCUCCCGGCCUGCUAGUAUGGUGGCCAGCAUGGAGGCGGUUGCGGACGGCUCAGCCCUCCUCACAGUCAUGAAGUGGAAGACUGUCCUAGCCGUGUUUGUGGUGGUGGUAGCGUACCUGGUCGCUGGCGGUCUGGUGUUCAGAGCCAUGGAGCAACCCUUCGAGAGCAACCAAAAAGACACCAUCACUUUGAAGAAGGCCGCCUUCCUGCAGAAACAUCCCUGCGUGACCCCCGAUGAGCUGGAAGAGCUCAUCAAGCACUCUGUAGAUGCAGUGAACGCUGGAGUCAGUCCUAUCGGAGACACAUCAUACAACUCCAGUCACUGGGACUUAGGGAGUUCCUUUUUCUUCGCUGGAACUGUGAUAACAACAAUAGGUUAUGGCAACAUCGCUCCAAGCACAGAGGGUGGGAAGAUUUUCUGCAUCCUUUAUGCAAUUUUUGGCAUCCCACUCUUUGGCUUUCUGCUGGCUGGUGUUGGUGAUCAGCUAGGGACUAUUUUUGUGAAGAGCAUUGCUAAAGUGGAGAAAAUGUUCAGGCGCAAACACAAUCAAAUAAGCCAGACCAAGAUCCGAGUGGCCUCUACAUUGCUGUUCAUCCUGGCUGGCUGCAUCCUCUUCGUCACCAUACCAGCCAUCAUCUUCAAACACAUUGAAGGAUGGACCGGGCUGGAGUCGAUCUAUUUCGUGGUCAUCACCCUGACGACUGUUGGGAUCGGAGAUUAUGUUGCAGGAGGCAAUAGAAGAAUAGAGUACCGCAAAUGGUACAGACCGCUGGUGUGGUUCUGGAUCCUAGUUGGACUGGCUUACUUUGCUGCAGUUCUAAGCAUGAUUGGAGACUGGCUGAGGGUGCUUUCUAAAAAGACAAAAAUGGAGGUGGGUGAAAUUAAAGCUCACGCUGCAGAGUGGAAAGCUAAUGUUCGAGCAGAGCUCCGUGAGACCAGACGUCGACUCAGUGUGGAAGUUCACGACAAACUGCAGCGGGCUGCCACCAUUCGCAGCAUGGAGCGUAGGCAGCUGGGUUUCGACCAGCGGGCCCAUUCCCUAGACAUGCUGUCCCCUGAACGUCGAGCUGCCUUCAAUAGCCUGGAUGCCACCAAUUUCAAGACAUCCUCCCAGGAGAGCAUUGACACGAAACUCAACAACCUACGUCUACGAAUUGAGCAGAAUGAGCAUCGACGGAGCGACCCAAGCCAGGCAUACUCUGAAGAUAACAUUUUCAACCGCCUUGGUUCAGUCACAAAACUAGCCAAGAGGAACAAGAACAGAGAGUUGAGAAAGAACAUCCCAGACGACGGUCGGAAAGCCUUAGAUUCCUUCAGUUGUAAUACUCCUACAAUGGAUGAGGAGAAGAAAGAGGCAGAGGACGAGGAGCUUGAGAAAGAGGUCAACACCAGUCUGACCAACUUACCUCUCUUUGCGGAGAGCCCCAAUAAACAAAACGGAUUCAUGCCUCUACCGCCACAGACCAAAGAGGAAGAAAAUGAGACAAAACUUGAAGACAAAGAGUUCCAUGUGCAGAUGGAGCCCUAGAUGGAACAGCGUAAAAAAAUAACACAUGCCAAAAGUGCCUUGUUUAGCCCUUACCCUAAGCUGAGAUGUGAGAAUCUCAAUUUCUGCUGUUCAUUUAACUGUUCACUGUGUCCUGAUAACUUGAUAAUGGAAAUAUGGUGACUGUAGCACUGGAAGACACUUAGUUCUCUUCUUCAGACCGCUGAGUAAUGCUUGUAUAAUUUGGAAAGAAUCUCUUCAAAAGUCCUGGACAUCAAAUGAAAAAUCUGUAGCAAGCUACAUUGGCAGUUUGUUUGAAGUGUAACUAAAAGUGUUGCACUUUCAAUGUUCUUUCUGCCAUACUUUACUUCAAGGAAGCAUAACUACUUCAAAAACAAUGCUUGUCAAGAUUUCCCACCCAUUCUAAAUGGAGAGACUAAACUUGAGACUUAAAUCCCCCGAGAUCAAAGAUCAUAAAUCUCUUCAAAGUAAAAAAAAAAACAAAAAAAAAACAACAACAAAAAAACAUGUUAAAUUGUUGACACGUUGUAUAUGCACGGAGCUCUACUGUCCUGUAAAACAAGUGCAUCAAUAUGUGUGAUCCAGAUUUAUGAAGUUAACCUAUCACAUCUCAGGGCUUGUAGUCCUACUGUAGUUGUUCAAUUGUACUGUAUGUCUGACAUACAAUUUCCUGCGCUCUCAUGAAAUAUCUAAGGUUGUUGCUACACAGUACUGUUUUAAUAUUUUGAAAGAUUAGGACAGUGGGAUGGAAGAGAAGCCAUAAGGUAGAAAGGAAAACAAUAUGUAAAACACAGAAUGUCUUGUAGAGUUUAAUCACAAACUAUUGAACUGUUUAUCCAUUCAACUAUUAAGCCCCUUUUCACUAGAAUAUAAGAAUUUGGUGUCAUCGGAAUGUGUCUAUUAAGUUUCAGCUCAAAAUACCCCACAGAUAAUUUAUUAUAGCUUGUCAAAUUGCCCCUAUUUGGGUGUAAGCAAAAACAUGCUGUUUUUGUGUGUCAAAUGAACUGCUGCUCACAGCCCCCUUUCCAGAAAAGGGUGGAGCUUUAACAGCUCACGCUUCGAUUGCUCAACGACAACAAAGCUGGAGAAUCUCACGCAGCCAAAAUGACGAUUGUCAGUAAUGGUGUUCAGCCUUACAUUGUUCAAACUGGAGUCAGACUCUGAUGGAGAGACUCAGGAAGAAGCUACAAUUUAUAGAUGCAUCUGGAUGUUUCUGAAUGGUUAGUGGAUAAAUUUAUGUAGUUGCUGUGGAUUCAACUCAUUGACUAGCAUGUGCCCUCAUGUUAAACUUUUGUGCAAAUCUAGCAUUGAAUUGACCCACGUUUGUGAAGCAGUCCGGCGUAAAAUGACAGCAUGGCAAGAACACUCUACUACAACAACUCUUCCUCUUCUCUAAAGCAGCUCAACAUGGCCUCACCCCCUUUGUUGCGUGUUCCCGGGGGCAGGGUUUAUGUAAAUUUUGGGGUUUGUGAUGUCACCAACCCGGGAAGAAGCUUGUUGUAGUCCCUACCAGCUGUUUGUUGUAAUCCUUAAAAAGCGAUUUCUGUAAAAGAAAAUAUCUCCCUUUGCAUUGAACAUUGAGCGUUGUAGCUUUGCAGAUGUUGUUUAUGCUCAAACACAUUACACACUAACUAAAGUUAAAUUUUCUAUUUUUGGGUGAACUAUGCCUUCAAGCCAUUGUGUUGACACUUUAUUAGUUGUCUGACAGAGGCAAUUCCACAACAUUAUAACAUAUCUACAAUGUUACUUUACUACUAUGACCAGGGUAACAUUUUAAAUAAUUUGUUUGAAUUGAAUUCUACUAGACAUUCAAUAUAUUGAUGAAACACAUAUACGGCAUACUUCUGUUUUAGCUUUAUUAAAGUUUGGAACGCAGUUUAUUUAUGUUUUCCAGAAGCUCUUUGUUGAAAAUACUAACUGUACAUGAACAAAUCAAUGAUCAGAUUCAAAUUUUGCACUUUUUUAGAAGUUUCUGUCUUUGGUUUAUGAUUAAUGUCUCUUCUUUUCCAGAAUAUUUCUAGUCUACUCUAGAACUUUUCACGCACCACUAAAUAAUUUUGUGCUAAUCGCCUGAGAGUGUCCGACAUAUUUGUGUGCGUGUUUGUUGAAACCAAAUACUGCUUUGUCUGAUGUGAUUGUUGUCUUGCUGACUGUAUUAAUGAAAUUCCCUGAGGCAGAGACACAUAUCAGUACCUCAUUCCCACCAACUCGUAAACGCACACGUACAAACAUCUACAGCUGCAGCAAAAUGCUUGUUGUUAAGCUACGGUUAAUUAUUCUUUUCAUGUUUGCAAUAGUCUAGAGCGAAUGCAGCGACAGACUGAAUAUUUGUGAUAAGAAAAAAGCUAUGAAAAUUUAAAAUAUUUUAAAGCAUUCAAUACAACUUAGAGACAUGGAUCCCUAAAGCAUGCUAUUGUGCUAAUGUUAUCAUGCUAUGGUAUUGAUUGUACCACAAACAUGCUUCUUGAGACUUUGAAAUGUCCAUGUUUGAGCUCUACUUCGGGCUGCACAUGCUAGUAAAUUGCUGUUCGCAGUAUCUGCAGUAUCUUGUGCAACCAUUACAUUCAAUGUAGUGAGUGCCUUUUGGAAAUAAACACAGAUGAACAAAAAUCAA